CAAUCACUCAAUCACUCAUCAAUUGCCUUCAAAUAGUCAUUGAAUUGAUUAUUAAACCAAAUAAUUACUUCAAACUAAACUAAACUUUUUGAAAAUGUUUAGAAUUGCAAUUAUUGCUGUUUUCUUGACUUUUGCCUACUGUUGGCCCAUAGACGAGGAAAUGGAGGGCACCACCCGACCCCCGAUACAGCCGGUGAGCUGUGAGGGUCACGACCCGGAUAAGAUGUUCAGAGACCCCCUGAAUCCCCAUAUUUUCCACCGGUGCUCUCGUGGCAAAUGGAUCGCCGGCUACUGGUGUCCGGGAAAUCUAGUCUUCGACGAGAAGGAGCAGACCUGCGAUAGGGAUCCAGACGUACCGGUAGUCAAGUGCCCAAAACCCGAUGGUCUCUUUGAGAUGCCGGGCAAUCCUCACAAGUUUAUCGACUGUCAGGGAGGCAUAGGUUAUGUCAUCACCUGUCCUGAAGACCUAGUCUUUAGUGAACUCAACCAGACCUGUGUGUACAACGAUCACGGACUCACUUGGCCUACCGAUCCCACCAUUGCUCCCACUAAACCCACAGCUAGUCCU